AUGUCUCAAAAGUUCGAUGUCUUUCUAAGUUUUAGAGGGUCCGACACUCGCCGCACCUUCAGCAGCUUUCUCUACCGUGAUUUGGUUCGAAUGAACAUACGAACUUUCAAAGACGACAAAGAGCUGGAGAUUGGUCAGAUGAUUUCGGCGGAGCUUGAUCGUGCCAUCGAGACCUCGAGAUUCGCGGUCGUUGUGGUCUCUGUGAACUACGCUGAGUCUCCUUGGUGCCUCGAAGAGCUCAGGAAGAUCAUGGAUUUAGUAAGAAACGGUUGGAUCACCGUGAUGCCCGUCUUCUACGGCGUGGAUCCGUGUCAUGUAAGGAGGCAGAGCGGAGUAUUUGUCGAACACUUUCAGAAGCACGAGACUAGAGAAGAUCAGGAGAAAGUGCUUUCAUGGAGGCAAGCACUGACCGAUUUGGCCAAUAUCUCCGGCAUUUGUUCAUCUCUUUGUGAAGAUGACUCGAAGAUAGUAGACAAAAUUACGGAGCUAAUAUCAAAAAAUCUGAUGAUUAAUACAACAAGAAUCAAUGGGAGUGACCUUCGGGGGAUUUAUGCACACAUGAAAGCUUUUAACCGAUUAUUGAAUUUGAGCUCUAAGAAAAGUGUGAGAGUGAUUGGGAUUUGGGAGAGAGGCAGCACGAGAAGAUCGGUUUUAUCUAAAUUCGUUUAUGAGAACAUUUCUCAACACUUCGAAAGCCAUUUUUUCCUGGAAAGUGAUAAAAUGGUUUACAAGGAUCGUCACAUGUCGCAUCCCUUUGAAGAGUGGAUGAGUCAAAUAAGGCACAAGGACAAAAAGGUUUUACUUGUGGUUGAAAAUAUCAAAAAGCUUGAACAGUUCAAUGCUCUUGAAGAGCAUAUUGACAGUUUUGGUCCGGGCAGUAUAGUUAUCAUCACUACACAAGACAAGCAGGUGCUUUUCUCUUCUCGCAUAAAACUCGUUUAUGAAAUAGAGUGUCAGAUAUUGGAGGAAUCAACAAAUCAUGCAAAGGAAUGGUUUGGUCAUUUACGUGGUAAAAUCAGUUCGCAAAAUCCCAUUUUUCAUAGACAUUCAAUGCGUGGCUCCACUCAACAUCGAUUCGUUCUGAGACACAAAGCGUAAUACAGAGUAGGCGGUUGGCUGGUUUGGACGGAA